AUGCGCCUGAUGAAUGACAACGCCUUAUAUGAGUUCACCCGGAUUUCGAAAAUGUCAAGUGAUCUGGAGCGUCUGGGUGAUCCGGGCAAACCAUCGGUGUUAGGACGCAGAUCCUACAUUGACGACAUCUUAGUACCAACGCAUAUUUGGGAUCAGCUAUGCGACCGUAUAGAAGAUCUUUUGGAGGCGCAUAACAAAUGGAACUUGUCGAUCAGCGUUGUCGAGAGUUUCUGGGGCAUGCCCAAAUGGAAUAUCUCGGUCAUAAGUCGCAUAAUCGAGGAUUAUGCAAUCUACGCGUCUGUACUAUAUGAGCUGAGGGAGAUCGACUAUUCUGCGAUGGAGAAGUGCGUGAAUCAGAGCCGGAUCCAGCUAGCACUAGCGUCUGAAACUCCCGGAUCCGAUAAGUUCGCAACCCUCGGAUCCGGACUCGCGGGUCCAGAUCUCGAACCUAGGCAGCAAGAUCCGAACCCAGUGUCGUGGGAUCUUACGCUUGGCAGCGCGAAGGUGUCGGAUUCCGAGAAGGACAAUUUCGGGGAUCUGGAUCCUCGGUGGAUCCAUGCUCACAAUUCCUUCAAUGUGUUAAAGAAGAAGAUCACAACAACGCCGAUCUUACGUCACUAUGAGCCGGAUCAGCAAGCUAUAGUGCUGGUAUAUGGCAGUGAUUGGGCGAUUUCUGGUGCGUUGAUGCAGAAGUAUGAUCAGAUCUACUAUCCAGUGAUGUGCGCGAGCCGUACGUUGAAGUCUAACGCGUUAAUCUACGGGAUCGCGGAAAAGGAGGUGUUAGCAUUUUUGCGGAUCCUGGACCUACACUAUAAUACUGUGGUUGGAAGGCCGAUCUGA